CUGUUUAAUUAGACGCACAUGCCUCAUCCGACGGUCAAGAAGUACCGUAACGGCAGCUUGUCCGAUAAACCUACUAGUUAGGAGCAGAAAGGUCGUUCUGCAGGCUCUAAACUUACGGCCUGAGGUGAGAAGAAGAAGCAGCAGCAGCAACAGUAGCAGCGGCAGCAGUAGCAUCAGCAGAAGAAGCAGAGAUGAAGCAGAGGGCUAAAUAUGAUGAGGAUGGAGUGAAUAAGGGAGCUUGGACUGCUGAGGAAGACGAGCUCUUGGCCUCCUAUGUCAAUGCCGUAGGUGAAGGCAAUUGGACGAGUGUUCCCAAGAAAGCAGGUCUCAAUAGGCGUGGAAAGAGCUGCAGGCUAAGGUGGCUGAAUUACCUUCGCCCAAACAUAAAACGUGGAAAUAUCUCAGUGGAAGAAGAGGAGCUCAUUAUUCGACUCCACAAACUCCUUGGCAAUAGGUGGUCUUUAAUUGCUGGAAGGUUGCCUGGUCGAACAGAUAAUGAGAUCAAGAACUAUUGGAACACGACUCUAUCGAAGAAGAUUCAAACAAAAAAAUUUACGAUUAACAUGCCAAAUAUUAAGGCAUGGAAGCCUAAAUCAAAUCCUCUGGAAACCAAAAUUACUUCUUUUAUCUCUUAUUCGAUUCAAACUAUGGAAUUAAAGUGCACCAAAGCUUCUUAUCCAUUACAUGUUCUACCUUCCACAAGUGAAGUUAUUCAAACCCAACAAAUGAGCCAGCAAAACUUUCGAGAAGAACUAAUGGAGGAGAAACAAGAUAAGGUAUUGGAUUGCGAUUCGUUUUCUUUUGAUGAUGAAAUGUGGAUCGCUGGAUUGGAGUUCGGGGGUGAGAUUAAUGUUGUUGAUGAUUAUGAUAAUGAUUUGGUUUGUAGCUUAUUUGACAAAAAUCUUUGACUGAAUUUUUUAUAUUUAAGAGAAUGGUUUGACCUAAUAGUACCGUAGCAAUGUAAUAAGAAUUUGGAAAAUAGGAGCAGAAGUUGUGCUUUCUUAAGUGAUG